AAAGACGUUUCAAAGCAAAACGAAAACCCGCGCGCUGCGGGCAGGCCAGCUGCGGCGAGACGCUGUUGGUCCCACCCGGACCUCCCUCGGAAGGCGUGUGCGUCUGCGUGCGCUUUUAUUCUUUUGGUUCGCCGGGCCCCGCGCCCUCCCGCCCCCGGAGCCACUUACCGCCGCCGCAGCUCACUUCCCGCGUUGAGGUGACGUGGGCGGCAGGGAGGCCGGGCUCGCAGCGACAAGCGGCGCAAGAUGGCGGCCACCACGGGCUCGGGUGAGCGGGGGACCCGGCAGCCGAGGCCGGCCUGGCCUGCGGGAGGAGGGCACGGGGCCUCCUCCCCCGACAGCGAGGGGUCGGGGGGUCCUCGGGGGCGGGAGGAAGGAGGGACCCGCUUCAUCCUCCCCCCUCAGCCAGGCGGGAGCAACCCGGGGCUCGGCGGCUGGGUGUGUCUGGGGCCCGAGGGGCGGUGGCCGGGGAAGCCGGUGUGCGGUGGGGCCGGAGCGGGGCUGAGGCACGGGGAGGCCAGGGGCCUGGGCCGGGGUGGCGCUGGAAGGCUGGCGGGGCCGGGAGGGGGCCGGUGGGCUCCGCAGGAAACGUGUCAGGGAGGCUGAUGGACGGGACCGCAUGCGGGCAGCCAAGUAGAGCCUCCAUGUUCAGAAGCACUGCACCUCCGAAGACUGCGGCGGCCCUCGCGCCCUCCCUCCUCAUUUCUAGCUGCCCUUGUCCGAUUUCCUGGCAGGCUGCGACUAAGAAAGCAGGACCUGACGGGUUGCUCUUUUUGCUCUUAUUUAUUACAAUUAUAUGCCGCCUUUGUCUUCCAAGGAGCUCAAGGUGGCUUGCGUGGUUCACCUCCUCCUCUUUCAUCCUCUCAACAACCCUGCGAGGUAGGUUUUUCUCAAACCUGCCCCCCCCCCCCCGCCCUGGAUGCUGUCAGACUGCAACUCCCAUCACUCCUAGCUAGCAGAACCAUUGCUCAGGGAUGAUGGGAGUUGGGUCCCCAGCUGUUGUUGGGCUACAAGUUUGAGAAACACUGGAAAAGACGGUGACUGGCCCAAGGUCACGCAGUGAGCUUCGUGGCAGAGUCAGGAUUGGAACCUUGGUCUCCCAGGGUCAAGCACUCUUAAAAGCAUCACGCCACACUGGCUCUUGCGGUUUUAUUUGGGGUGGUCACUGAGGAAUCCGGACCUGGAAUGAUAAGCAGCGGUUUUAUUUUCUUGCUGGAUUAUAUCCUGCCUGCCUUCUACAUUGGAACUUAAGGCAACAUGCAUGGGACUCCUAGGUGGGCUCCAUUCCAGAUGCCGAUCAGCCCCAGCACUGAUUAGGUUCAGCAAGGUGGCUGCAUCCUGUGCCAUCAGACUGUGCCCUGUGUUCAAGGUUUUUGGGCUUUUUUGGAGCACAGUGUAUUUUUCAGUCAUUACUGCUGCCUUAAAAAAAGAAUUACGUAUGUUGGUUUGCUAGCAUGGAGGCCUCCAGGUAUUUUGUACAAUGACUCCCAUCAGUCCCAGCUAAAAUUGCCAAGUGUUCACAGGUGAUGGAACUUGUAGUCUUGGAGUGCACCACGUAGGCCACCCCUGCUGUUAUUGUAAAAUGCAUGGAAGUCCUUCUAGGAAGAAAAAUGGAUAUAAAUAUGUUAAUCUAUUUGUUUAGUACAGGAUGGGGUGUGACUUCUAGGACACUACUUAGAGAAGAGGCAGGCUAGACAGGAAGACAGAUAGAUGUCUUGCAAGGAAGCUGCUCUCUAAUUAUUACUGUCUCAUUCAUCCUCCAGAAUGCUUCUCUUGCUACACAAUAGCCCCAAGAGGUUGAAUAGUGUAGCAUAGUAACAGCUAGUAGCCCCAGUUAGCAUGACAAAUGGUUGAGACUUAUGGGAGUUGUACUUCAGAAUAUCUGGAGGGCAGCAUAGUUCAGGAAACCAUGAACCAGGAAGUCUCUGAUUCAAAUCAUGCCUCUGCUAUAAGCUCACUAGUAAGGAAUUGUUAGGUAAGCUGGGCUCCAUCCCUGAGCCCAGUCCCCACACCUAUCAUGGCAAUACUGGACCACCUAACCAGGCCACCCUAAGGACUGCUGCCAUUGUUAAGUGAAGCGUUUUGGAUACUAAAACAUUAUAUGCAUAAUAAGUAUUUACCAGGUUAGUCUACAAAUGAUGAUCAGAAAGCAUCAUAGCUGAACAGGGUUUUGAACCUCACUCUCCAUGUUCAAGCUCAGCAUUGUAACUGCUACUGUCCAUAAAACUGAGAUCAGUUUUCAGGAGGUAGUAGAGUCAAUGAUAGUAACCUUUGGUGUUGGUAACAAGAGGAUGAGGCAUAAGUCAGAAUGGUUGAUGAGGCAUAAGUCAGAAUGGUUGUAUACUACUUCUUGUAGUAUACAAUUUUUCUAGAUUUCUUACCUGUAAAGAAAUGGAUGGGCUUCUAGGAAAAUCAGUGCAGUAUAUAGUGAGAAAGCUAGUUAGAUCUGGGAAAAAUGAGUUCAAGCUCCACCUUUGCUGUGGACAAACCGCAUGGCUUUUAGCAAACCAUGAAGUUCCGUGGCCACAUCCUUAUCCUGUAAAAUGGGAGCAAUUGUGAUGCACCUGCCAUGAUUGCUGCAGUGUGGACAAAGUAAUUAGAGGGGAGUUACUCUCUUAAUACCCAAAUUCAUAAGAAGAGCCUUCUGGAUCAGGCCAGUGUCCAGCACCACUGUUCUCACAGUGGCCAACGAGAUGUCUGUGGAAAGACUAAAAGAAGGAUCUGAGUGCAACUGUAUUCUCCUAAUUGUGAUUCUCAGCAGCUGGCAUUCAGAGGCACACUCGGAAGUAGUUAAAUGAAACUGAUUGGUAAGAGAUUCAGGAUAGACAAAGUCAGGGCAGAAUUACAGGAAUGCUCUUUCACGUGUGAAUUGUAUCCAUCUCUUGAGUUAGAGUGAUCUUGUAUUUUUGUUGUUGUUGUUUAGUCGUUUAGUUGUGUCCAACUCUUUGUGACCCCAUGGACCAGAGCACGCCAGGCACUCCUGUCUUCCACUGCCUCCUGCAGUUUGGUCAAACUCAUGUUGGUGAUCUUGUAUUUUAACCUCUAUUUAAAAGCAACUUGCAGUUUGGUAGCUAAUAAAAUGACAAUUGGGUGCUCACCUUUAAAGCCCAAAUGGAUUUGGCCCUGUGUACACGAAGGAGUCUCUCCACCCCCAACGUUCAGCCCAGAUACUGAGGAUUAGCUCCAAGGGUCUUCUGGCAGUUCCCGCAAUGCAAGACCAGGCAGAGGACCUUCUUGGUAGUGCCGCCCAGUCUAUGGAACACCCUCCCAUCAGAUGUCAAAGAGUUAAACAAUUAUGUGACAUUUCAGACACCUGAAGGCAGUCCUGUUUCAGGAAGCUUUUAAUGUUUGGUGUUUUGCUUUGUCGCUUUAUAUUUUGUUAGAAGCAGCCCAGAGUGCCUUGGGUAACCCAGUCAGAUGGGUGGAGUAUGAACUAUUAUUAUUAUUAUUAUUAAUUUUACUGAUGAAGAAAUUUUAUUCUCAGGGUUUACCAUUGAUCUUCUCAAAUUCUUUUCUGGCUGUUGCUUCAAAUUUGGCUCUGAUCAAGAUGUUUUAAGGCAAAAAUUGGCAAAGGAAAUAGCAUGCUAGGCUUCUAUGGUCAGGUGGUUAUUUAGUACUCAAAAUCCUUCUUUCCAGAGCUUAGGAUAGAAUAUAUAUCUAGGGGCUAUAACUCUAUAUAGGGGCUUUGUUACUGUAUCCUCACAGCAGCCUUGUGAGGUGGGCGAGCCUGAGUCAGUGUGACUGGCCAAAAAUGGCCUAGUAGGCUCCACAUCUCCCUAGUCUGAUGCUGUAAGCAAUAUACCACUCUGUUAUCACUCCUACUUCCGGGCAAAGUUCUGUUGAGCAAAAAUAUGUUUCCUGAACUUGUUGGACAAAAACGCCUACUCUCAGUUUUAAAGUGUUUGUUUGUUUGUUUGUUUACAAUAACAACAACAACGAUGUUGGGAAAAGUAAAAAUACAAAAUCGUAAAAACACAAAAAUCAUGAACCAGAGAAAUGAUUAAAGUUCUCUUCACUCCUCAUAACUGAUACUUUCUGCCUUGCCUGUGCAGAAUAGAGCUAUAACAUUGGUUUUGUUUUCAUGUUCUGCCUUGAAACUUUAGCAUAGAGACCUAUUUAAAUACAUUACCACACAGGAAAUAAUUUUUGAAUGAGGAAUUGAAAAGCUACCUCUGCUGCUUUUAGAACCAGUUUUCAUUUUAGAAGUUUGAGGCGGAAGUAUGGUUAACAGUAUUUUGCAAAAUGUCAGUUAAUUACUUAAACUUGCUUGAGGCUCACAUUUUUACAGAGAUGUUUUUCAUUCCUCCUAUAAAUGUGUUCUGUUUCAGCUACCAGAUUUGAAGUGCUGGCACCCCAGUUCUCAGCACUUGCACUAGCUUGGUGUACUAUCACUGCAGUGCCAGCCUAAUGCCAUGUUUUGUGCCAUUGCACUACAACAGUGGGUGGUACAUUCUCUGUUUGCUCUUGCAGGAAGUUCUAGCACUGGGCUGUUUGUAUAAAAUGUGAUGCUGACAUGGGGACCUCAUGUCCUUUCAUCCUGUCAAGCCUGCAGUCUCUUAAUCCUUUGCAGCUGCUGACUUUGCAGUUUAGACUUGGUUGGAAGAAGAACAAGGCAAAUGACUUUUAUUUUCCUGGAUGGCUUUGAGAGCAUUCACUGAGAGAUGCCACUCUCCUAUUUCUCAAAGAAACAGACUUACAGUUUGGGUGAGUGGCUUCCACAUAACAUUAGGCAGGCACCUUCAUUGUACAGUUUUAGGCGACUGCCAAAAGCUUUUAUUUGUUUAUUUCAGCAAGCCUUUCUGGCCACAUAAUUCAGUCAUGUAUAUUUGUUUUUAAAUUCUGUCAAUACUGUCUGUGUUUUACUGAGAAUUAAUUUAACUGUGUUAUGUACACUGUGAGGUUCAUUGAGUAAGUGGUUUAUAAAAUGCCUUAAAUAGCAGGAUAGCUGGGUAGUAAUUUAGAAUGUACCAGGCCCAUGCACAUUCAGAUAAUGCCUGCCUGUCAGUCUCUACCGCAAGAUUGACCUUGUACAGUUAAAAGUAAUGAGAUGUAUCUUCCAAUUUUGAUCAUGGAAGGACACACAUGUGUAUUGACAGUUAUUGCUUAAAUUUGAAAAAUAAAUAAUGGGGUUUGGUCAUAUCUUGAAGGUAGAAGGUGUGGCCUACAGAUCUUGAACCCCAACUCCCACCAGCCCUUGCCAGCAUGUUUGAAAAAAUUCUUCUGGUGUAUGUUGAAUUUAGCAUUGUGUGAGAUAGAUAGAUAGAUAGAUAGAUAGAUAGAUAGAUAGAUAGCUAUAGACAGAUAGAUAGGUGUGUGUGUGUGAGAGAGAGAGAGAGAGAGAGGUUUUGAGACAAUCUUUUUUGAAGUAAGCAACUAAAAAAUAAUAAUAAUAACAGCAGCAUAUUGAGGGCACCAUCUUGGCUACCCCUGGCCUGCAGCGUGGGUUUGGGCAGUUCUUAAUACAUUUUGGAGCAGAGUGUCAUGCUACAGAACUUCUGACAGUAAUUCAGGUUAGGGUGGGCCUGCGCUUUUGUCCUUUGUCAUGCUUAAUUUCUUCUUGUGCUUUCCCCUCAUUACUUUUGUAUCGCAUGAAGAUUCAGCACAGGAGUAACAACGUGUAAAGAAAUGCAACCACCCUGUGACUGUUUUUGCGGCUGUCAAACAUGUGUUCCUCUAGUAGCAGUGAGCAAUAUAUGGUAUAUGGACAAAUGAGGCUGUUAGGCAAAUGGUCCACCACACCACUGGCUGUUCUGACUGGCAGAAACUCUCCAGGGUUCCAAACAGAGUGGGGAGGGGUUUUUUUCUAGUCUUACUACUUGAAAUCACCCAGAAAUGCCUGUAUCUUGGGCACCUGUGAUGAUGAGUUGGCAGCCUUCCUUCUAUCUAUGAAGCUGUAGUGGUGUUUACCGAUUGUCUACCAAUAAUCCUUGCCAACUGCCCAGUGCCAACGUUUGGAGGAAGGCUAGGAAUAGUUUGACAGCUGUGUAGCCAGGCGCUCAAAGAACCUUGGCUGUGCAGGGCCAAAAUAACAAUACACACCAUCUUUAGGCUUUUCACGCUCCAGAGUAGGAAGGGUGGGCAGGGAGAGCAUUGUCCAGUGGUGUCUUCAAGCUCUGGUAGCCAACAGUCUACUCUUUCCACCUAGAGAUACCAGGAGGGCUUGAUGGGAGCAGAGGGUGUUGUAGCUGCUGAGUACAAUAUUUGGCUUUCCUAAGGGACGCGGGUGGUGCUGUGGGUUAAACCACAGAGCCUAGGACUUGCCAAUCAGAAGGUCAGCCGUUCGAAUCCCCGAGACGGGGUGAGCUCCCGUUGCUCAGUCCCUGCUCCUGCCAACCUAGCAGUUCGAAAGCACGUCAAAGUGCAAGUAGAUAAAUAGGUACCGCUCCGGCGGGAAGGUAAACAGCGUUUCCGUGCGCUGCUCUGGUUGUGCCAGAAGCGGCUUAGUCAUGCUGGCCACAUGACCCAGAAGCUGUACGCCGGCUCCCUCGGCCAAUAAAGCGAGAUGAGCGCCGCAACCCCAGAGUUGGUCACGACUGGAGACCUAAUGGUCAGGGGUCCCCUUUACCUAACAAGGUGAGCAAAAAAAUAUAGAUCCCUGGUUAAAGGUGGGUUCCUAAGCUUGGAAAGGCUAAAUGCCUAAAAGCUCUAGAGGAUUGUGUGGAAAAUCUUGGUCUGUUUGUUUGAAAAAUAAUGAACACGUAAUAUCCAGAAACCCAUGCUGUGGUCCAGAAAGGGAGAUAUUUCUUACAGUUUAAUAGAAAGGUUAGUAAUUUAUAGCCUAUCUGAACAGUGGGUGAAAGGAAAGUUGAUGCUAUAUUCUAUGUUUAUGUGAGUUUGAGCAAAGGCUGUAGAGGGGAUGUUUCUUUGGGUGAAAAGUAAGUCCCAUUUCAAAUGCAUACAUCAGGGAUUUCUGUUUGUUUUCAAACUGACAGGGAGCAUCUUUUCUAGCAGGUAAAUUAGAAGUUAGUUUUAUCUGUUUAAAGAAAAUCUAAAAUGCAUUGUCCAAAAUGUCAAAUGGAUUUAUGUUUUAGGUUCAUUCAGAAUAGGCUGUGAAGAGUAGAAACAACAGGAUUCAUUGAGAAUUCAGCAUACGAAUAAUCUUGAAAGGGUUGUUUAAAACUUAGGACAGUUCCAAACCAAUUCUCUUUUUUGUAAGUAGGAUGAAACCAUAAUAAGGGAAAGUGUCUUUGGGUCACCAUUCUGCCAGAUGUUUAACAUUCCCUUCUCUCCCUGCUUCCGAUUCAGAUGGAGUUGGCUCUUGAUCAGUAGCAAAGGGGUAGCAUUGGGUGCACCCCAGGAUCUAUCAACUAUCAAAAUUAUGAAAACUUAAGAUUUGUGACUAUAUGGAAUUAUAGAUAAAAGUAGGUUAAUUUAAAAUAGAUUAGCUAUAACGUGUGUUCCAAAAUGUUAUUUUUACAAAGCUGUGUAAUAUCCAUAGAAACCUGUUUGUUUUUUUAAAAAAAAUGAGUUCUGAUCUCUUUAGAAAUAAUGAAUUUUAUUACGAAAUCACAAUAAUCAGCACUGUGAUCUCGUGGAUGUUAUUUUGUUUGUGGUAAUGCUGCCUGGCCGUUUCUAUUAACGGCAUGGAAUGGUAUUCAUAGAUUACAGAGAGUAAUAUCUACCCAUGAACUCUGAAUAACCUCUGACAUAAGAUUGUAAGAACUGACUUUCUAGUUUAGACUAAAGGCCCAGCUGGGUAACGAAUUGUGGCCAGUGAGCUGCCCUGGGAAGUUUUUGAGCAGUGCAGGAUGGAAAUAGCUGCCCCUUAUUGAGCCCUAGCAGAAGUGCAAGGCCUUUGAAUAUAAAGCUAUUAUGGCAAAUGUCUUCUGAUAAGUGUACCUUACAUGAAUUUGUCUGAUCCGUUUUAUGGCUUCUGUUAAGACAAAAUAUCCUCUUAAAUAUUUUUUGUUGUUGCAUGUGCUGUGUAUUCCCCCAGUGGGAAAGGAAAGUUGCAGCUCAGAGACAGUUGCAUUAUGUACUAAGAACAGGAGAAUGAGACAUGGAUUGCAGAAGCUCUGUGCCUCUUACAAUGCCUAGGUGUUUCCUUAGGUGCAUAAAAGAGUAUAGAUGUUUUAAGUGACAAGGAGAGAUUGGUAGCAAAAGCAGGUGAUAAUUCUCGGAAAAUAUUGUAACAAUGAACGGUAGAAGAUGCUGUGAAUCAAAGGAUCUGAUACAUGUUAAUUUCGACAAAGGGGUGGGAAAUCAUUUGAGUUUUAAACCCCAGUUUAAAGCAUAAUGAGAUCCCAAUAGGAUGGAGCAGUUUACAUUUCAUUGCCACAUUAAAUUCUGCCUGGUUAAUAUGACAGAUUAAUAUUUUAAUUAAGCUUUGGACAGGAAGCAAUAGAAUGUGAAACACUUAAGUGCCUUUCUGGGUUAAUAUUGAAUCUAAUCCUGUAUCUCAGACUGGCAUGAUGCCACAGAGAUGCAAGGUGCAAGCUUGAGAGUUUGUUUUCUCUUCCUGCUGAACUAUUCCAGUAAAACAAUUGUGUAAACCUGAUAAAUCUGCCAUCAGUCAAAAUAGGAUGGGUAAACUAGCUCAGCCCCUAGGCCAUUUAGGUGGCUACCUUCCGGUGCAGAGGCAGACAGUUUGCUCUGCCAUGUUCAUGUCUGUGCCCUUCCCAUUACAUGUUUGGUCAUGUUCCUGGCAAAAAAAAGUUGUGUGUUGCUUGUUGCUAUGCUUUGGGUGAAGUGGCAGCGUUCUUGUGCUUGGGCUCUCCAAAAUAUAGUUGGGAGGAAUCUCCCAGAAUCUCCCACAGAGCCCCAGAGUGCCUUGGAAAACAGCAAGAGGGUUUGCCGCUUUCUGACACUCAGCGCAACAGGGAAGAAUGCUGACCUCCGCCCCAUCUUGAAGGUGGGGAAAGAAACGGGAACCUGGCCCAGCCAGACUGCAGGGGCUCGAAGAAAUUUGGAAUGCCUCCAAAACAUAGCAUGACAUCUUGGGAGGCGGGCAUGGUUGAUGUCACGAACAAAUAUUUGCUGGUUACCUUGCCAGGUGCCUCCUCAGAUAAACUAGUUGCAGUGCCGAGCUGCAGGAGAGAGAGAGGACAUCUUAAAAAUUUGAGGUUUUUAGUGAUGUUUCCAUAGAAAUGUGUUCAUUUGACAAUUAUUUUUAAUAUUCGGUUGGAAGCUGCCCAGAGUGGCUGGGGAAACCCAGCCAGAUGGGCGGGGUAUAAAUAAUAAAUUAUUAUUAUAUUGUUAUUAUUGUACAGCAGUGAUCUGGAAUGCCCCCUCUAGAUCAUCAAUGAAGAUUUGGCAGACAGAUCAUAUGCUAAUAUUGUAGAAUUUAAAUAAUAGAAAUCAGAAUUUUUACUAAGGGUGGCUUUUUAAACAAUGAAAUUAUUGUUGCCUGAUUUGAGUUAAUGUAUAUCUUGAAGCUGCUAUCAACCUCUCUGGUUUUUUUGGUUUUUUUUUUACUACUGUAGGUGUCAUUGUUCCCCUUAGGAUGCAAAGUAACAACUGAGUAAAUGAUCAGUUCUGCUGCUUGGCACAAAAGUGAUAAUAGGAGAGAGACAGGAAUAGGAGAGACAGGAAACCUGUCACUGUGUCAAUUAUCUUAUCAAGCAUUCAUUUUAUGCUUUGACUUUUGAAAGUUCUAGGAUGGCUGUAGCAGAAAAGCUUUGCCAAAGUAAAAUCUAUUGCGGGUGAUAGUUAUUCCUAAACAGUGCACCUUAACUUCUUUCCAAAGGUAGAAGUCUGUGCCGCUAACUAAAUCCAUAAAAUAAUACAAAUGCAAGAUUAAAACAUUCAUAACAUACUAUUGUGUCAUAUCAUCAUAAGCAUAUGAAGGGGUAACAUAAUAUGUGCUUAAUAAUAGGUGAUGAACACCCAUAAUAGCGACAGGUCUGUGCUGUUGUCUAAAAUGUUCCUUGAGUAGCCACUCAUAUCAAUGAUUGGUUAAUACUGGUUUUAAAUGUUUUUAUGUUGUACAUUGUCCUGAUACUCUACAACAAACUUAAAUAAAUGAAUAAUUUUUCUAGUGUUUUCUUCUACUACCUAAAAGGUCAACUCUGGCAGGUCUUCCCUAUAGACUAAAGGCUUAUCCACAUUUGAUCAUUAUUUAGCAGUUAAUCCACACACACACACACACACACACACACACACACACACACAAUUCAGAUGAGACCUAAGUUGUCCACCCCUAUACAUAAUUUGAAUUUGUAUUUGAGGAGCAACUUGGGUCUUUCCUGUUCAUAACAGUAGGCAUUCCCUUUUGUGUUUGUCCUUGUUUCCUAAUUUGUUGGUUAUAUUAUGCCACUUAAAUACAGACAAAGUAUGCAUGAAGAUAGCUGUGUGCAAGAGGAGCACAUUUCUUGGAGGAAGGUGUCUUCUCAACUGUGAUAUAUUCUCAUGCAAGCAUUAUUAGUCGUUGAACCUAUUUUAAAUUGUACCUAGAAGUGAAUAAGUUUUUUUUUUUUUUUACUAACUAGAGUAUUCAAAAAGUCUUCUGUAUAAAGCAUGUUGCACAGUAAUAGACACGAGUUACAAGAGGUAGAGAAGAUGUUUCUUGCUCUUACAGAAAAUAGAGCAGUUGGCAUAUCAGAUGUAAUUAAAGGUAUAAGGAAAAUAACAUGUGUAGGAAUCAGUUCAGUCAAACGCUUUGACUUUGCCCGAAACUGUGAAACUGGAGAGUUAAUAUUUGUCAUGGUUUCACUGAAGAAAAAAAUGUAGUAGGUUCACUCAGAUGGUUUAUAGUAUCUGCUAAACAGAUCUGAAUUGUUUUCUGUUUAGUUCAUGUUGCUUAUAAACAGUUUAUAUUGCAUUUCCCCCCUGCAUCAGACUUAUUAAAUAAUAUACGGUAAGCUAAAUAUUUGUUUCUUAGCUUUCUCAUCCUUCAUGGAAUGUAACUGAAAUGUGUUCCAGUGAGUUUUCCCAUCACUGUUGGAUAGCUAUUGUUCUCUUGAGAAAAACCUUUUGGCUGCUAAUUUGGAAUAUACUAGUAUACUUAAUUCAUUGUAUUUUGAGUUGUUGGGCGAGGGGGUUUGCCUCUGUGACGUUCUGUUGUACUUCUGUUAUAUUUUUACUUGGAGCAGACCCUUAGUGGAAAAGCAACUCAUGCAUUGAACUGGGAAACCCAGCCAGAUGGGCGGGGUACAAAUAAAUUAUUAUUAUUAUUAUUAUUAUUAUUACUGUAUUUUUUGCUCUGUUAGAUGCACCAGACCAUAAGACGCACCUAGUUUUUGGAGGAGGAAAACAAGAAAAAAAAAUAUUCUGACUCCCAGAAGCCAGAACAGCAAGAGGGAUCUGGCUUCUGGGAUAGCCGCGAGAAGCCUCUUUAGGGCAGCAGGAUGAAGGCUCCCCCUGCCCUCAAGAGGCUUAGCCGUGCGAAGCCUCUCCCGGGCAGCGGGAGGAAGGUUCCCCCAAGAGCUGUGCUCCCUUUAAAGAGUGCACGGAGUGUGUGUGCGGCUCUUGGGGGCUUUUCCCCAAGGAGCGAGAAGGGCAGUCCUUCUCCUUCCUCGGGGAAAAGCCCCCAAGAGCUGCACACAUGCUCCACAUGGUUCUUUAAAGGGAGCGUUGAGCAGAGCCUCCCGCCUGCAUUUGCUCGAUAAGACGCACACACAUUUCCCCUUUUUAGGAGGGGGAAAGUGUGUCUUAUAGAGCGAAAAAUACGGUAUAUUAACUAGUAGUAAUCUGCUGGAGUAGCAUGCAUCCCCCCAAACCUUGCAUUAAAAAUAAAUGUUUGUUAGACACAUGCUAAGAUACUGGUGCAGACAGUAAAGCAGCUGGUACUGUUGAUUAUGUGAAGCAAGACGGUGAACCAAAUGGGUAAUUGGCCUGAUGGAGAGAGGCUGCUUGUUCCUUUGACAUGUGUGCAGGAUGGGUGAAAACCUGGAUUUCUGCAUAGUUCUUUUCUUUGCUUCUUAUGUUUAGUUUCCCACAACUUUAGUCAGUCAAUGGGUACCAUUCUUUGAACUUGGGUCCUGUUUCACAGGGGUGCUACAGCACAGCUUAGAUCACUAAGAACUGCUUCUUCAUUUCUAUAAAGUUGAGAGGGCUGCAUCACUACAUUACCCGUAGAACAGAAUUUUUGUUGCAGUUUUAACUUGGUGAGUUUUUAAACCCAUUCCUCCAUCACUGUUGUCCCCCCAGCCUUCCUUCUGAUUGUCUCUGCCACCUGUUGUUGAACUCAUAAAAACCAGCACACAAGACUUUCACUGAUCAUAAUUGACACAGUAAGGAUGCAGGUAAACCAUGCAGUGUGGCUGGCUGGCUGCCACUUUCUGCGGAAACUUGCCAACUCCACAGUGCGUAUUUGCAUUCAGGGAAAGGCAAAGCAAAGCAGACAUCCUGAUGGGCAUUCUCUCCCUCACACCCCUCCAGCUCUACUCUCUUCCCAAAGAAAUGAGAAAGGGCCACAGAUAAUUGUUACCUGUGAUUUUUCUCGGGGACCUGAAGUUGGCUAGCAGAUUUGCUUGCAUUGUGCCCGCCCAGUGUAGUAUAUAACUCUUGGGCAUGCCAUGAUAGCCUCUUAAGUCUGGUAGCAUAAUGUGGUGGUUCUGCCACUUCAUUGCGGAUUCUCUUUUCUCCAGGCUCCUCUUCGGUAUUGUUCUAAGAUUUUGUAAUUUCUCCGUAAAGCCCAAACGGGAUACCUUCUGCAGAAACUAACCUUAGAUGCAUGUUGUUGUUUUCUUAAAAUGUUGUAUAUUGUUGAAAUUGGUGUGCAUUGUUGCUCACAUUAGUAUUAUCUUACUUGUAACUUUACUAACUGCACCAUUUCUCACUUUUGGGGCUGCAGUCCUAUACCCAUAUCCUUGGGAGAAGCCCCAUUGAAUUCAGCAGGACUUACUUCUGAGUAAACAUUCAUAGGAUUACAUUGUUAAUUAAUACAGUGUUCAGCAUACUGGUGAAAAGCAUCAGCUACCUUAUUUUAUUACCGUAAAUUCUCAUCUCAAAACUGCAUCCUGAUUUGUUUUUAGGUGUAAAAGUUCCUCGUAAUUUUCGACUGUUGGAAGAACUUGAAGAAGGUCAAAAAGGAGUUGGAGAUGGGACAGUUAGCUGGGGUCUUGAAGAUGAUGAAGAUAUGACACUUACAAGAUGGACAGGCAUGAUUAUUGGGCCUCCAAGAGUAAGCAUAAGUUUAAACACAAUAUCCUAUAAAUCCCUGCUUUUUCUAUGUCUGUUUCUGCCAGUGUGUGACAGGGUUCACUGGUUUUUCAGCUUGUGGCUUUUGUCAUAUAGGUAGUGGACAGUAUGGACCACGUCAUGCUAAAUACUUGGAGUAAGAUUUUUUUUUGUCCAAAUUUGGGAAUAAAUCAAUUAACCUAGGUUCAGUAUUUCUGUCUUUAUCCGUGCUACAUGUUGGAAGAAUAUAUGAACCAUUUUUAGAUUGCAGCAGCAGCAAAACACAAUUUGGCUUUGUAAAAACAUUAUGGGAUGUUGCUGUGAUUUUCUGUGCCUGGUAGACAAUUUGUAUUCAUCCCCUGGAGUCCAGCAUACUCUUUGAGUGACAGUUUGCAGACCAGUAAAAUAUCAGACUUUUCUUACACCAUUUCUAGAAAAUAGCAUGGUUAUCUAAAUGGGAAAAUGUCAUACAGUGUCCCCCCCCCCCCCCCAAUGUUCAAUAACAGCCAUCAAUGGGAAGUUUCCUGUGUAGGUGGUGUUAACCAUGUUCUGUGAUGUCUCUCUUUCUUUCCUUUAAAAAAGCGCUUUAUUCUGACAUACCCUCACUCAUGGGAACAUUAACUUGCUGUCAUGUAGAUGCAUGCAUACAGACACAUCUCUGAGCUGUACUUAGGUGUACUUAGUCAUACCAUGUACACAAGCACACACAACCACCCACAGGACACAAGUUUUAAAAUACAGUACAUGCAAUGGGGACACUUGCUCUUUUCAACUCCAUUCUCAGGCAGGUAAAAUAAUGCACCCUGAAGUCUCCUCUUCUGCCUGCUUUCUUCUCUUCUUCCUUUCAUUACUUUGGUUGGAUAAUUGCAAGUCUUUCCUGCUCUCAGUUGUUUCUUUUCUUUUUUGACAUUCUCUCCUUUUCUUUUAGCUACAGACAGCGUAGCUAGGAGAACGAGAAAGUGUGAAGAUAGUAUGAAUUGUUCUGAUAAAAUACCUUGGGCCAAAUUCAGCUAACAAGCCCACAUAAGGACUUUGGCUAGCAGGCUUUCUCCACUCUCCUCCUUCAUGUGCCUCCCAUGCCCCCAGUUGGCGGUGGGGGGGAUUGUCAGGAGAGUCCCCAGAACACGCAGUGGGAGAAAAGAUAAGGGGGAUUGUUCCAUCUGGCAAGCUGAAAUACAGUCCAUAGCACUGUGUUGAAUUCCUCUCCUUAUUUAUUCUUACCAAAGCAGUUGCAAACUAAUAAAUAUUGUGCCUUAACAAGUUGGUAAGUUAUAGAUUGCUAUCGCAGAAUCCAUAUGUAAACGCUUUUGAGCUCCUAGGUCAGAGUACGAAUCUAAUUUAGGUCGUAUCCAAUGCUGCGUGCAUGAUGUUCCACUCAACGCAAUGCAAGUUCCCUUCCCCACAUGUCCUCAAAUCUUUCCAGAGGGUCCUUCAACCUUCUGAAGGAGAUUUGGGGGGGGGGGGAGUGUUUGCUGCUGCAGACAAAAGGAAAGGAAAAUUCUAUUCCAUAAGCAGAAGUCUGCUGCUCUAGUCCAUGAGCAGCAUUGGAUAGGACCCUGAAUUUGCAAGUCACUGGGUCACACUGAACAGUGUGCAUCUAAUGCCAGCUGUUCUUUACUUGUCAAUCUUUUUUUAAAAGGAAAUUUGGUUCCUGGGAAAGCUAAGUCAGAAUGCGGCCCCAAGUCCAUUAUUAUUUUACUGGAUCCAACGAUUCCACUGAGCAAGCUGUGCCACCUAUCUAAAGCCUUUCAUUCCCUAUCCCAUAACUGGUUCAGAAUUAUGGGAAGGCUGCCCAUAGCAGGCUGGGGAGGUGAUAAGGGACUGGUGACCCCUCUCAGGCAUCCAUAUAUGGAAGCAAAGGUCCUUCUCAUGCUGGAGGAUCCUUGCAAGCAAGCAAGCCAUGAUUUAGUGCAGGGUUUCCCAAAGUUGGGUCUCCAGCUGGUUUUGGACUACAAUUCCCAUCAUCCCUGAUGACAGGUCCUGCUAGCUAAGGAUGAUGGGAGUUGUAAUCCAACAACAGCUGGAGACCAAAGUUUGGGAAAUCCUAAUUUAGUGGAGCGCAAGCUUACAGCUCCUUCCUCUCCCACCACUAUUUGCAGACCCUGACAACCAGUCAUCACAAAAUGGGCAAAGUUUGUUCAGAAGAGGGUGGCGUUUUGAGUGAUAGAUACAUUGAUUUGUCAAAAAGAAGAGAGAGUGUGAUCAGUUACAUCUUGGAGAUGCAAAGACAAAUUUGAUGCUUCCAUUAGACAUGAAUGUCCAUCCAUAUUGAGAAGUCGUUUCCUAUUGUAUCAUAAAAUCAGUUCAUGCAAACAAUGACGGCACAGCAGAGUGGGAAUGUUAUCUAUGCUAAUGUGAAACUUAUCUCUCUGUAUAUCACCUGAAUGUGGUCUUCCUUCCGUGAUGGAUCAUCUGACACACUUUUUUUCCUCCCUCAGACAAUUUAUGAAAACAGAAUAUACAGCCUUAAAAUAGAAUGUGGGCCUAAAUAUCCAGAAGCACCUCCAUUUGUAAGAUUUGUAACAAAAAUUAAUAUGAAUGGAGUAAAUAGUUCUAACGGAGUGGUAAGUGUUACAUCCUUUGUGUCCCAGUAUUUCAUGUACUGUUUUGUUGUCCAGUUUUCAGAUUGGAACAGUUUAAUUCAUCUAUCUAAGCAUAUAGCUGUUUCUUUGUUAAAUCUCCGUUCAAAGUUAGUGUCUGCGUUACAGCUGUAUGCGUUUGGAAGAAUUUCAGUUCUUCCAUCAUCCAGCUUUUAACUGGUUCAAUUUAACCAAGUUUGCGUAAUAACCAAAACUGCAGUAUAGAUAGAUGUUUUUUCCAGAUACAGUGGUGCCCUGCAAGACGAAUGCCUCGCAAGACGAAAAACUCGCUAGACGAAAGGGUUUUGCGUUUUUUGAGUCGUUCCGCAAGACGAAUUUCCCUAUGGGCUUGCUUCGCAAGACGAAACGUCUUGCGAGUUCUUGCGAGUUUGUUUCCUUUUUCUUAAAGCCGCUAAGCCGUUAAUAGCCGCUAAAAUAGCCGUGCUUCGCAAGAUGAAAAAACCGCAAGACGAAGAGACUCGCGGAACUGAUUAAUUUCGUCUUGCGAGGCACCACUGUACUGAAGGGAGUACGAUAACUUAUCAGUUAAUAAACAAAACUUGCUGAUUGAUGGAAAAGAGGUCUUUAGUUUUUUUCUCUGUAAAUUUCCUAUGGCAGUAACCAGAACUGAAAUAGCCUAAAAAUAAGCAAAUGUGCCUUUCACCUUCCAGCCCUACUAAUUUAAAUUGGCUUUUGAUGAUUGAUUUGCUAAAUCUUUGACUGAUUAAUUUACAGAAUCUGAAGGCCAGAAUCUGAAGUACUUUAGAUGUGUUUAACUUUGUGUGAAUGUGAUCUUUUUUUGUGUGUGUAUUUUUUUAAAAAACUUAUUCUACAAACUCCCCACCACCAGUGGGGUUUUUGAAAAUCCAGUUUGGUAAAAGUGAUGAACUGCAUACAUUGGGGGUAUUCUUCUUUUAAGAAGUACAACUCAAAAGUUACCUUGAGCGUGUGAUAGUACUUGUGUGAGUCUUUAGAUCCUGGCAAUGGUCAUUUUCAGUGUUACAGGUGCAGUGGGAAUGUGAAGCAAUUUAAAACUCAUGGCUGUGGUUCUUUUAUUUGUUUUUAGGUGGAUCCAAGAGCCAUAUCAGUCCUAGCAAAAUGGCAGAAUUCUUAUAGUAUCAAAGUUGUUCUGCAAGAGCUCCGGCGUCUAAUGAUGUCUAAAGAAAAUAUGAAACUCCCUCAACCACCUGAAGGACAAUGUUACAGUAAUUAAUGGAGAAAAAAAAACAACAGAAAAAUCAUGCCCCUUCAUCAAUUUAAGCUCUCUCCAUUUUCCACAGUAGUAAAUUUUCUAGAUGCAUCUUGUAGACCUCCAAAGUACUGGAAAGGAAGUUCCCUUGCAAAGGAAAGUCUAUCUUGAGAUACUGUAAAUGAUACUAAUUUUUUUUUCCCCAUUUGAAAAUAAGUUGUGCUAUAACAAAUAAUGCUGUCAUGUGUAACCACUGUCCAUAGUUGAACUUCUGGUAUCAAGAAAAAGUCUAUUUAAAUUUAUUACUGUCAAGACCAGUGUGGCACAUUGAACUCGACUGUGAAAAAAGCAUAAAAAGCAAACGUCACACAAUCACAUUGCUGUGUGUUUGGCCUGGGUUUAUCUCUCUCCACCCCCUUUCUCUUUCCCUUUCCGUCUGACUUGUCUGUCCGCAAUAGGGUUGACGCUCAGGGCUAUUUAUUAGGGUAGACACGAAGGGCACAAUCCGCGGGGAAGUUCUCCUAGACCUUUGAGAAGAAGCGAGGCUGCGCAAGAGUGUCGUCCCAGGCCGUUGCUCAGAUCUCAUUCAUUCCAGUAAGGCUUGCUGAGGACCAUGUCUCAAAAGGACUGUGCCCAAAGGUUUUAAUCCCCAGUCCUAGGCUGGGGUUAUCUGGACUACUAAUGGGAUGUGUUGGUAUCCUCAGUCAUCCCUCCCUUUGUGCAGGCUCUAGUAAAAUGCUGAGUGUGUCUCGGGGUUCUUCUUUAUUUUCUGUUUGUUUUUUUAAAAGAAUACUAUAGUAUUUUUUUUAUUUUGCAAGGGGCUGUGAGAGGAGGCUCUUCUUUCUCCCCAUAACCUUUGGCUAAGGCAUAGAUUGUACUUCUGCACCAUCACCUUCCCCCAUAAUGUGGGCCUUGGGGCAAUAGAUCCGGGGUGGAGGGGUGUAUUUCAGUCUUUUUCCCUUUUCUCAUAGUUGGGGUGCUGCUUUCUAUUUGCCCCUUCUGUGACGCUGUCUUUUACACCUGGCCAAAAAAAGAGGUAAGUGGCUGGCAAACUGCCUGAUUUUAUUAUUAUAAUUAUAAUUAUUAUUAUUUUUGCCUCGUGCUUUCGACUUCUUCUGGGCUAUCGGUUUUGGUCUUCGCCAGCUGGGAAAACAAGAGUGUCUGGUUUUGUUUUGUUUUUUGCCCGCAAGUAUCCCCUUCCCUUCCUGUCCUGUGGCGCUGCUUCCACACUGCCAAGCUGGCCAUGGCUGAUGCUAUUAGAUAGGCUUUUGGUAUGGUGAAAAGAGCAGUAAUUUACCAGGAUUGCUGAAGCCUUUUCAGAAUGGCCAGAUAGCGUGGAAUGAUCUUUUAUGUAGGAAAUUCGAAACAAAACACUCCAGCUCCCUGAGCUGAAGGUCACUACCUCUGCUUGAACGACACAUCUUAGGGACAGGUCUGCUCUGUGCAGGGCAGAUUUGCUCCUGGCACACUGCAGAGAGGAGGACUCCUUCCUAAAUAAAAAAUACGGGAUGGCAAUGCCAUGCAGAGUGGGUUAGGGAGACACUGAUCGACAAGGCUUCCUGGCAAAUCACUUCCUUUUCGGACUUCUUGUUUUGGACCACUGACUGCUGAAACAUGGAUGCAAGCUUAAAUGCAAACAAUCUAGUGUGUCCUCUCUUUUUGAGUUUUACAGAAUAAAAAUGCCGUGUUUGUGUAAAAAGAAAAAAGAAAGAAAACGACAAAAAGUCAUGUUUAAAAGCAGAAGCUUAUCAAGUCAACGAAUAAUUGAUGUUUCCAUUAACUCUUUUUGAGGAAAAUAUUAGUUGUAAGGAUUUAACAUCCUCUGUAAUUAAAAAUUUAACAUAACAGUAUUCCAUAAGCAGCCUUUUUAUUGUAUCAGACCAUUGCCUGAUUUUAAUAUAAUAAAAAGUGUGCAUUAAUAUUA